AUGAGAGGGCUGGAGCAGAUGGAAAUUCGGGGAGGUCGGUAUCUCCUGCAGGGUGAGGUCCUUGGACACAGCGCACUUGGUGCGCAGCCAGCGCAGGCUGCCCAUGGAGAUGCCCAUGAACUUCUGGAGCUGCCCACACUGCUGCAGCGCUCGGCUGGCCGCGGCCCCUGCGCCUCCCUCCGCGGCUGCCGCAUCACCCCCGCCACCGCCCUCCUUCUUCUCUCCCAUCACCUGGGAGCGCAGCGCCGCUCUAUGCAGGCAGCAGCGGCCGAGGCAGGGAGCCUGGGGCGUGGGCGCCUAGGGGAGGAACCCGGGAGCCGGGAGAGCUGGAGCAGGAGCGCCCCUCGACGCUGCCCGAGCCAGGACGCUGGCAACCCAGUCUGCCGCUUCCGCCCUCAGAGCCGAGGCGGCGGGGACAAAAAGCUGCAAAAAGCCGCCAGGGCGGGGUCAAAAAGCCGCGGCGGCAAGAAGCCAUGGAGGUGGCAGGGGCAAAAAGCCGCGGUGGGGGGCAAAAUGCCAGGGCGGCGGGGGACAAAAAUCCGUGAAAAGCGGCGGCGGGCGGGGGAGGACAAGAAGCCGGGAAAAGCUGCGACGGCGGGGACAAAAACCCGCAGCGGUGGGGGGCAAAAAGACGCGGUGGCAAAAAGCCGCGGCGGCCGGGGGCAAAAUACGGCGGCGGGAAAAAGCGGCGGCGGCAAAAAGCCGCGGCGGCGGCGCAAAAAUCCGCGGCGGCGGGGGUAA